GACCAAACUGUAUGCAAUUUUAACCUUCGAUCAAACGGUUGAUUAUUAUUAUUAUUAUCAUUAUUUUCAAUUAUUUUAGAGGAGCUUCCCUCCACAUCUUAUAUCCGAACCAAAUUCCCUCCUUCCUUCUUUCCCUCGUUUUCUGAUCCCUUUCUCUCUCCCGCUUUUUUUUUUUUUUUUUUUUUUUUCCAAUACCAAAUUCACAGAUCUCUCUUUCAAUUCUCAACCAAUUCUUCUCCAAUUCCAUGAAUCCUUUUCUUGCGACAUCUCACGACAGCUCUUUCUGUAGUUCCUCUCUUUCUACCUGAAGUCGCCAAAAACCCUUGAAGAGGAUUUCCAUAUUUCUUCUUUUAUUCUGCUUUUCUGUUUCCUUUUUCUCCCGAUGUCGAAUUCCCAACCGCCAAACUCAUCGACAAGGCUUCCGCAGCAAAACGUCACCCAGAAUCCCUUAAAACGGCAGCUCCCUUUUUCUUCUAUGAAGCCGCCAUUUUCGGCCCCUGGUGACUAUCAUCGGUUCAGUUCUGAACCACGCCGAGUUGCCGAUCAUGAUGUUGAGGCCAUCGUUGUUAAACCUCCUCCAUUUAAGCGGAAGAGUGAUGCAGCAGAUCAUGAAGCUGAAUCCAGUGAGUGGAACACUAGUACUGGCUUCACAGAAGUAGUCAACAGCCCCCUCCAGACACCCGUAUCUGGAAAAGGUGGAAAGGCACCCAAAACAUCUAGGCUUUCAAAGAGCAGUAAAUCUGGACCCCAGAAUGCUGCUUCACAUCUUGGUUCUCCUGGAAGUAAUCUUACCCUGACUGGUCCCUGUCGUUAUGACAGUUCCCUAGGUCUCUUGACAAAAAAGUUCAUCAAUCUGAUCAAACAUGCUGAAGAUGGUAUUCUAGAUCUUAACAAAGCCGCAGACACUUUGGAGGUGCAAAAGCGGAGGAUAUAUGACAUAACAAAUGUCCUAGAAGGAAUUGGUCUGAUAGAAAAGAAGCUCAAGAAUAGAAUACAGUGGAAGGGACUCGAUGUCUCAAGGCCAGGGGAAGCAGAUGAGAAUGUCUCUAGUUUGCAGGCAGAAGUUGAAAACCUUAACAUUGAGGAACACAGAUUAGAUGAUCGAAUAAGAGAAGUGCAAGAAAGAUUAAGGGACCUCAGUGAAGAAGAAACUAACCAGAAGUGGCUUUUUGUCACUGAGGAAGAUAUCAAGAGCUUACCCUGCUUUCAGAAUGAAACCUUAAUAGCAAUUAAAGCUCCUCAUGGCACUACUUUGGAAGUCCCAGAUCCCGAUGAGCAGGCUGUUGACUAUCCCCAGAGAAGAUACAGGAUCGUGCUUAGAAGUACAAUGGGUCCCAUAGAUGUUUAUCUUGUCAGUCAAUUUGAAGAGAAAUUUGAGGAGAUUCAUGGUGUUGAGCCACCCAAAAGUUAUCCAUCAACUUCAGGCUUUAAUGAAAAUCUAGCGACUACGAUGGUCCCUGGGGAGAGCAGGGAAAAGGAGAUUGAAAUGCUGGGACAAGACGAUCAUAGAAUGUGCUCAGAUCUCAACACCUCACAGGACUUUGUGAGUGGGAUCAUGAAGAUUGUUCCCACAGAUGUAGAUAGUGAUGCGGAUUACUGGCUUUUAUCAGAUGCUGGUGUUAGCAUCACAGACAUGUGGCGCACUGAACCUGGGGUUGAGUGGAGUGAAUUUGGUACACUUCAUGAUGACUAUAGCAUGGCAAAUAUCAGCAUACCUCGACCCCAGACUCCACCAUCAAAUCCAACAGAAGUGCCUUCUGGUGCUAAUACUACUGCAGGUUGAAAUAAAGACAUCAAAGAUACAGGAGCUUGUUUUUGGUUGGAAAACAGGUGAUGCCUGCAUCUAAUGCAUCUCCCUUCAGCCUUGCAACUGCUAUGGGGGGCUUGGAUGAGUGGUUCCUUGGAUUUGGAUCAUAAUGUUCUUGAAGUCAUACUGAGGAACCAAAGAAUAGGAAAUAGCUCUUGCAUUGUACAGCACAUUGUAAUAUUGCAAUCCAUGUAAUCCUGACGGAAAUAAAGUCACUAAUGUUUUUUUUCUUCUUGAA